AUGCCAAAAAUCAUAUUCCUGUUGUUAGUAGUUUCAAUAUGUCAAUCAGCUAAACUAUCUUCAUUUGCUUCUCAAAAUGAUGAUCUUCAAAAGUAUACAAUUCAAAUGACUGGCUACUCGCCACAACAGGUUUGUAUAGUUAUGAAAGAAAAAUUAUUAUGUGAUUUUUUUUCUAGACGGAUGAUUAUGUGGCUGUUUCGAGGGAAGCAAUUUCAGGAUAUAUUGGUGAGGGAUUCACCAAUUGUUUUUUUUUUGAAUUCUGAUUUUUCCAGUGGGCUUUGAGCCAAUGGCAAAUGCAGACCGUGUUCAUCACAUGCUUCUCUACGGUUGCACACGACCUGCACAAGAAGACACAUUCUGGCGAGGCAUGCAAACUUGUGGAUACGGUGGUGGAAGUUUCAUCCUCUAUGCGUGGGCAAGAAACGCACCCAAUCUAAACCUCCCCAAAGAUGUCGCGUUUUCUGUUGGCCACGAUUUCGAUGGUAUCAAAUAUUUUGUGCUACAAGUGCAUUAUGCUCAACCAUUUGAUGGAGAAGUUCACGAUUUCUCUGGUGUCACUUUACAUGUUAGCCAGAAGAAACCGAUGAAUUUGGCGGCUGUGAUGUUGUUUGUUAGUGGAACACCAAUUCCACCACAUAUGGCCGCUUUUCAAAAUAAUAUCACUUGUAUUUAUGAUUCGAGUACGCCGAUACAUCCAUUUGCUUUUAGAACACAUACACAUGCUAUGGGAAGACUUGUGUCAGGUAAGAUAUCGCAGAAAAAAUAAAUAAAUAAAUUCAAACGGUUUGAAAAGCGCGGGGAACCAUACACCGCGACGCACAAUUACACACAACAAAAAUUUGAAAUUUUUUUUUUCAAAAAAAAAACGUUUUUUGUGUUUAAACAUCAAGAAUUGUAUUUCCAGCCUACUACAAACAUCAAGGACAUUGGACAAAAAUCGGCAAACGAAAUCCACAAUGGCCUCAAUUAUUCGAAUCCAUUCCCAAUCGGCUAACAAUUUCUCAAGGCGAUCAAAUGUCGGCUUCUUGUCGAUUCGAUUCGUUGGACAAGAAUCGAACAGUUUCUAUGGGAGCUAUGGGAGUUGAUGAAAUGUGCAAUUUUUAUAUGAUGUUCCAUUGGGAUGCAAAUGCUCCAAAUCCCUUUCCAGAAGGUGCGAUUUGUGGAAGAGAUUCUGAAGAAUUAAUGAGAGAUUAUCCAUUAGAAGGGUUUGAAUUACUACCUAAACGACCGGAAUUAGAACAUCACGCUCAUCAAAGUAAAGUGCCAUUUGGUGUAAUCUCCGAGGCAAGACAUCAAACCAUUGGGGAUUCCAAGUUAGGACAAGUCGCCGGUUUAGCCUUCGAUACCUAUGGAAAUCUAGCAGUUUUUCAUAGAGCUCAAAGAGUUUGGGAUGGUCGAACUUUUGAUAACUAUAAUUAUUUAUUGGAUAAAACAACAAUUAGUGAUGCGGUUAUUCUUCUAACAAGAUUUGAUGGGAAUAAAUCUACUGUUUUGAAGAAAUUAGGAGCUGGACAAUUCUAUCUUCCCCAUGGAAUUUACAUUGAUUCAAAUGAUAUUGUUUAUACAACUGAUGUUGGGUCACAUACUGUUGCAAAAUGGAGAAUGAAGAGUGAUAGCGAAUUAGAAAAGCUCUGGGAAGCCGGGAAGAAAUUGGAGCCAGGAAGUGAUCACGAGCACUUUUGCAAGCCGACGGGUAUCACAAAGAUUGGAGAAUAUAUUUUCGUUUCUGAUGGAUAUUGUAAUAGUCGAGUGGUUGUGUUGGAUGCUUCUUCUGGAAAAUAUGUGAGACAAUUCGGAUUGCCCGGAGAUGAACCAGGACAAUUCAAUCUUCCACAUGAUAUUGUCACGAAUGCUCAACAACAAUUAAUUGUGACAGAUCGAGAGAAUGGAAGAGUUCAAGUUUUUACACAACAAGGUCAAUUGGUUGACGAAUUCCAUACGUCGAUGUUCAGCAAUUUAUAUUCUGCCGCUGCUUUUGAAGAUUAUGUAUUCAUGGUACCUGGAAGACCUCUAAUGGGACAUGAAAAUGAGGGAAUUUCUGUGUUUGUUGGAAGAGCUGGAACUGGUUUAGUUGAAUAUGCAUUUGGACCGAAUUCGGUGAAAUCGAAAGAAUUUUUGAAAUUCGGACAACCUCAUAAUAUUCGAGUUUCGCCUGAUGGUUUGCAUGUGUUUAUUGGGGAUAUUGCGGAAGGCAAAGCUACAUUGUGGCAGUUUAAGGUAAGUCAAGGUUUUCCUCGCAGAUUAUUAUACUAAAAACUAAAAGCUGGGCAAACAAAAAUCGGCAAUUCAAAAAAAAUUUUCCAGAUUCAACACGAAGAAUCCGGCCAUCCGAUGCCCUCCAAAACCUACAUUCCCUGGCCGGCUCAAAUGAACGACCCGAAAACCAAUAGUUUCAUUGUUCUUCUAGCUUUAGGUGUUAUGGUUUUGGGAUGUUAUUAUGUGAAAAGACGAUGGAGAAGUCUUAGAAAUGGUGGACAUCUUUUCGAUACAACUGUAAGAUUUAAAGGAGAUUUUUGCUCUGUUAAGAAAUUAAGGGUUUUAGAGAAAAUAAGCCUAAGCCUAAUGGGCCUAUGCAGAAUAAUAUUUUGUAAUAAAAAACAUUUAAAAACAUAUUUUUCCUAUGCAGAAAAACGUCGAAAAAACAAAAUAUACAGUUUAUUAUUUUGAGUAGAGACAAUGUGAAAUUCAGAGACUGCAGACAGACAAAUUGAUUUUUCGCACAAAAAAUACAAAAAAACUGUCUGCACUCUCUCAAUUUCACGUUGUCUCUACUCAAAAUAAUAAACUGUAUAUUUUGUUUUUUCGACGUUUUUUUGCAUAAGAAAAAUAUGUUUUUUUAUUACAAAAUAUUAUUCUGCAUAUGCCCAUAAGCCUAAAAAAAUUUCAAAAAAAUUAGAUUUUUCUAAUUUUCAAAGCUUAAGCUUAAGGAAAUUCCGUUAAUUUGCAUGAAAAAACUAACAAGUAAACAGAAAAAAAUGCGAAAAAAAAUAAAAAGAAAACAACGAGACUCCGCGUUGACGGCAGCGCGUGUCGUUUGAAUUUCUGUUUUUUUUUUAUUUCGGCGAAUACUUAUUGAAAUGUUCAGAAUUUUUUCUCAGAACUAGACUAUAGUUAAACGCAGGUCUGAGGGUUUUUUUUUCAAUAAUCUGCCCCCUGUUUCCGACAAGAGCAAAAAUUUCACUUUUUUAAGUUCAAAUACAUAUCAAAAUUUCUUCUUUGCAGGGUUUCAAACCUCUUCGAACUGAAGAAACCGUCGGAUUUAUCAGCGAUGGAUCGGAUAGUGAAUAG